CCCUCCUCGGCCCUGGUCAUCCGAUAAACGAGCACACCGGCACGAUGGCAACUCCAACCACAGACUGGACGCUGCUGCACGGCUGCUUUUACCUGAAGCAGGAAAUAUACACACUAUUCUGGAGCGAAGUCGAUAUCGAAAACAGCAUCAUCGCCGCCGCUCCGUUCGGAGGCCCCCUCGCUGUGAUACGAAACGAUACCAAGUUGCAUGAGCUCAGGACGAAAUCAACCAAGCCAACUCUGUCGAUUUACACCUCCUCGGGAGAGCUCUUGUCCCGCAUUGAGUGGGAAAACAGGAACCGGAUUGUGGGCAUGGGAUGGACAGCACAGGAGCGCCUCGUAUGCGUCCUGGAGAACGGAUUCGUCCGGAUCUACGAUCUCUUUGGCGAAGUCACUCAGCUCUCGCUGGGACAGGACUCCAAGGAAUACGGGGUACUGGAAUGCCAGGUCUGGGACAGUGGCUUGAUGGCGCUGACCGGAAACCUCAAGUUUGUCUUUAUCGCGGAUCUGGCAGACUCCCAUCCAAAGGAACUAGCGGAUGCAGGCCUGACCCAGGUACCGCACGCUUGGAUUGUGCUCGACCCCAAGUUGACCCUCAGCGGGCACCCCGAAGUCAUCAUGGCCGUUGGCUCCAGCAUCGUGACGCUCGACGGAAUCAAGUCGCAGCAACAGCUCCUCCAGCAGGGCCCAUUCAACAGAAUCGCAGCGGCACCAAACGGCAAAUUCCUUGCUCUCUUUUCAAGCACCGGAUCGCUGUUGGUGCUUACAUCCGACUUUGAAAAGAAGCUGGCCGAGUUCUCCACUGGAACCGAAGACGCUCCGCUCCAAAUGGCCUGGUGUGGCACAGAUACGGUCGUUGUACAUUGGAAAGACACCCUGCUGAUGUUGGGUCCAUUCGCAGACUGGAUCAAAUACAACUACGAGGGAGUGAUCCACGUUGUCACGGAAAUUGACGGAGUUCGAAUCCUGAGCCAUGACAAGUGUGAAAUGCUGAUGAAAGUUCCCGUCGAUUUGGAGAAUGUCUUCAAAAUCGGCUCGGUGGCGCCGAGCGCGAUUCUCUACGAUGCCUAUGACCACUUCCAGCGCAAAAGCUCCAAGGCAGAUGAAAACAUUCGGAAUAUCAAGGGUGAACUGGACGAGGCCGUCACCGGUUGCAUCAAGGCUGCCGGUCACGAAUGGAACACAGAGCGACAGAAGCAGCUGAUGAAGGCCGCGUCCUUCGGCAAGGCCUUCCUCGAUACGUAUGACCCUGAGCCGUUUGUGACAAUGGCCAAAACCCUCCGGCUUCUCAACGAACUUCGUCAUCCGGACAAGGGUAUUCCCAUCACCUUUGCCCAGCUCUCUGCGAUUGGCCUGGACGGUAUUCUGGAUCGCCUCGUCAAUCGCAGGCUUUACUUGCUGGCUAUCAAGAUCAGUGAGAUCUUUGAGAUCAGCGCCGAUCGCGUUCUGAUCCACUGGGCCUGUGCCAAGAUCAAAGACUCAAACGAGGGCGAUGACUACCUGGCCCGAGUGAUUGUCGAAAAGCUGUCGAUUCAGAGCCCGAACAUCUCGUUCACUGAGAUUGCGCAGACAGCGUUUGACGCCGGCCGAUCCUCGCUUGCCACUCGCCUCCUGGAACAUGAGCCACAUGCCAGCUCCCAGAUCCCAUUGCUGAUAAGCAUGAACGUCGACGACGUAGCACUCGACAAAGCUGUCGCAAGCGGGGAUAGCAACCUCGUGUACAAUGUCAUGCUCCACCUAAAACGGACGCUGCCGACAGCCGAGUUUUUCCGCCUGAUUGGAACGCAUCCACUCAGUGCGAAUCUAUUUGAAAAGUAUGCCAAAGUCACUAGUCCCGAGCUUCUGAAGGACUAUUACUACCAGGCCGACAAUCUCGGCGGAAGUGUCAACUUGAUGAUCGCCGAGUCCCAGGCACUGGACUCUACCCAACGUCUGGCGGUUCUAAGCUCUGCUGCUGAAAUUAGCAAUGGAAACAAGAGCCUCCAUUUCGCCAACCAGUCCAUCCACGAUGAAAUCACCCUCGCCAAUCUGCAAAAGAAGCUCGAAGCCGAGACGCGCCAGAACUUUUUGAAUCUCACCGUCAGUGAAACGAUUUUCAAGUGUCUCCUUCUCGAGCUGGGCUCCGCUGCAACCUCGAUCAAGUCUGAGCUCAAGGUCCCGGAGAAACGAUUCCAGUGGCUCAGUAUCAAGGCACUGAUCCAGACUCAGCGCUGGGAUCAGCUAGGAAAGUAUCUCAUGACAUGCCCGAAGAACGUGGCCAUGUCGGCAAUCACCUACGCACUAAACAACGGCUUCCGUGAGCCCGCCCAGAGGCUCGUGGCGAAUCUCGUAGCCAGCGGAAGCAUUUCCGAGAAAGAUGCAAGAAUGUUUGCAUAGCUCUGUUGCCGAGCCACUGCAAGCCAGCGUCAAUCGCGUGCCCCACGAUGCUUGGCUUCGUACGCCGAUUCCACAGUUGCUACCGUAGCCUUCAAUGGCCAGUCGGCCGGGAAAGCAGUUCCAAAUACAGGCCGUCGAUCUCUGUCGGUGGCGGUCGACUUGUGUGCUUUCGUCAUGGCGGUCCAUGUUCGGCGCUGUGGUGUUCAUGUGCCCACCC